GACGUUUUGGCAGUCGUGCUUUACACGGUUGAUUGAUUAUGUAAACAAUUAAGAUGGCGUCUCACCAGUGGGUUCCUCCGCUACCGCCGGGUUAUGAAGCCCGAUGGGACCCGAAUCAGAGGGCUUAUUUUUUCAUUAACCACACCACGAAGGCAACAUCAUGGGUAGAUCCUCGUUUUCCGCAGCAAGCUCAGCCCCAGAAUCAGUCAUACCAAACAACUGCACAGGCCUUGAACCAAAGCGGACAAUUUGGCAGGAGUUAUGGGCAAGAAACAAAAAUGAACACAAUGUUCAAACAGUAUGGAGGCACCACAACUAUACAAAGUUCAGGCACAGAAUCUGACAGCGAUGACGAUACCAACUUUGACCGUCUUUUCGGCAGUACUGCUGAGGAAGGGAAAGUUGACCUUCUGAAGGUACAGGAGUUGCGCCAGUCGUUUCCUGAUGCCCCGGAGGAUGUAAUCUCACAGCUUCUUAAAACAAACAACAAUGUUGUUGUGAAGGUUGGCAACAAGCUAUUUGAGAUGGGGUAUAAACGUGCAGCCGGGGUGCACCAUCCCCCACCCAGGGGUAAUGACAUUCAAGAGAGGCUUGCCGCCAUGUUCCCUGACGCAGACCAUGAACUUAUGACUGAGCUGCUUGAGGCUUGUGGAGGAGACGAAAAAGAAGCCAGAGAGACACUAGAGCGUGUGGGGUACAAGCCUGUGUUUCCCGCCACCCAUCGAAACCCCUCUGCACAGGGGGCAAGGGCCAGGAGUCCCGCAAAAUCACCCACACCGAGGCAGACAACAACUCCUACUAAGAAAACCUCACCUUCGAAGACUCAUCAGCAAAGCCAGCAAAGGGCAAGAACUCCGGAUAAGCCCAAGCUGACAGAAGGACAGAAGACACAGUUGAUGUCAAAGUUGCAGAGGGAGUUCACAUCAACCGACAAGACGGUCAUUGAGAUGGCUUUUCAGGUGACUGAUUGGGAUGAAACCAAGGCCCGAAGUGUCCUUAAAGACAUGGCUAAUACCAACACGACCAGCAGGCCAAGUACCUCCCAAAGUCGCCCGAGCACCUCCAACUCCAGGACUAGAUCACCCUCCCCCACCCCUGCCGUCAGUCCAGCCUCCCUGGAGCCUGUGGCAAUGUUUGAUGAUGAACCAUCUAGGCCAAGCACCAGUACAUCAAGCCACAGGCCAGGCAGUACACCGGCAUACAAGAAAUCCUCUGAAUACUAUUCACGCCCAUCCACUGGAGCAUCCUCAUACAGCAAGAUUGGCUCGAAUGUUUCGUCGUAUACAAGUCAAGUGAAAUCUUCAAAGACUGGGUCAAGUUCUUCAGGUGGUUCUUCAUCAAAGAGCAGGACAAAGCCUGCACCUUUGUCCACACAGCAGACGAAAAAUGUUACUGAGUUAAGUAAAUCAGUCCUGAAAUCUACAAUAGAAACUCUGAACACUAUUACAAAUAACGUAAACUGCUGUAAGCGACCAGUUUUGGAGACUGAUAUUGAUGCUGAGGACCAUGACCAAUCAGUGACAGGGGAUGAGUCACAUGAUCAGCAAUCAGCAAAUGACAACAGUCACCGCAGUAAGCGUCCUGUGACUGGGCAGCCUACUAGAAGACCUGAGCAGUAUGUUUCCCAGUACAGGACAGAGGCCAGAGGACCAGACCCCAGUUACCAUGUGGGACCCAACAAAGCCCUUCUGCUGACUGAGUACACAAGAGCCAGUGGCCCAAACAUGGCUCUGAGAGAAGGGCCUGACCCAAGUAGAGUUCAAGGGUCACAAGGGGCCAUGGGCCCAGACCGGGCUCUAUGUUGUGGUCCUCAACACCAACUAGCUAUGGGCCCUAACAGAAAUGCAAGGCAGCCGGCAUAUGUGUAAGAAAGUGGGGAUGCCGGAAUGAUGAAUUGGUGGAGAAGUGAAAUGGGUUUCAUAAACAAUGGACUGAAAUAAAAAUAUAUAUUGAAACAACAAUUGAAUGGAAUGAAAUUUGUCAUGGCCAAGAGAGAUUUGCAAAGCAUUUAUUAUUUUUUGAAUUCUUGUUCUACAUACAUGAUUAAAUACAAACUUAAGUAGUUUUAGGUGUUUAGUAUGUGCUGUUGAAAAAUGGUGUUUUAAAAAUCUAUGAAUAUUGUAAUAUACAAAAUCCAAAAGUUAAAUUUAGACAUUUGGAUGAACAAGCCUUGUGAUAAGAUCCAGCAUUUGAGGAAAGCCCUGAAAACAUCUUACCAGUGCAAGUUUUGCGGGCUUGUGCUAAUUUUGACCAAUAAAAGUUUUUACCUUAUAUCAAAUGAGUAUCCUGCAAACAUGAAGCGCAAUUACUUUAAAAAAGUGCAAAUCUGCGCUAUUGAAAUAUUUAUAUCAAGCAUUCUGUUCAAAUAUUAAUUUUCUAAUAAAAAAAAGCUAGAUACAUGUAUGUUAAAGCAUGCAUGUUUAGUUGUUUGUUUUAUAAUAUCGCAGUGUGAACAGGUUAUGAAACUCCACUCUUUUGUAAAAAAUACAUUGUUUGUUUAUAGUGUUUUUUACCUAUAGUAAGAUAUUUUAUCCAGUCUAAUGUAUAUGUACGGUGUCCUUUUUUAUCCUGUCAGUUAACAUAUAUAAUUUAUGUGCAUAUAUUUGUAUUGAUCAUUAUCAAUUACUGUGGCAUAUUGUACCAACUUUCAAGCAAACUUGUUUUAUUAGUUGCUGCUUUUAGCCUUUGGAAUUAAUUCCUUUUUAUUCACAUUCUGAAAUUUUAAAACCAACUCAAUAAACCCAGCUCCUUCAUUUCAAUGGCUAUGUUUAUCUGGUACUUAAUAACAUUGUAAUUGUACAUGACUAUAAAUGUUGAAUAAUUUUAUAAUUAUAUAUGACAACAUACCCAAAACAGUAUCAUAUUUUUCAAGAACUUUUUAAAGUUAAAUCAUCAACAAAAUUUAGUUACAUUAUUUGACACACAGAUUUAUUUUACAAUGGUUUUUCGACAUUUCUAAAUAAUUCAUUCAAUGUCACAACUACGGUAUUCGUUGAUAAAGCUCUGAACAAUUAUGAAAUUAUCUUCUAGACCAUGAAAAUUAUGGUAAACUGCCUUACUUUUUUCACUACUGUGCACAUGUAUUAUUUAAACUUGUAACUGUUAUAUUCCUUGAUGUUUUUAUUUUAAUUGCAAUACAAUAUUUCUUAUCAUUACAAGUGUUUUUAGCAUUAUUGUAUUUUCUUUUCGAUAAAUGGAAAUGUUCCAUA